AUGCGCCAAUAUGGGUUGGUACAGGGCAUUCCACCGCCUUGUGACACUAAACCUCAACUGCACAUAAUUUCGCGAAGAAAUCAAGCCGGGGCAAACUGGAUGGAGAUCAACGGGCACCACAUCGCUCGUUGGGAUCAUAGACUUGAUUUGCUGGCACAAGGUGCGCCGAUUGAUGUUGUCGGCGCACCUACUACACCUGACUAUAUGCCGUGGUUCCUCUCCAUGACGCGCCGAUGGAUAACACCACGUGCCAUCUUGGAAGCAGCACAUUACGCACCUACUGCGCCUACGAUGACCCAAUUUGCACAAGGUGCGGCAGACGUGAUGCGGUACAGCCAGGAGGAGCCGGUGAGGGAGAUUGCGCAUGGCAUGCUCUUCGGCUCGCAGUUCCAGCACUUCAUACCGGAAGUCGCUGCACAGCACUCACCAACUACCUCCCAUACGCACAUGGCAUGCUCUCCUUCUUAUGACUACCAUUUGGAGGAGAUGGAUCAUUCAUAUCCCGUUGACGCUGCGGCCUGCGGGGACCUCGCAGGGUUGUUUUCAAUUGUUAAUUCAUUUGAAAAGAAUGAUUUAUUGGCUGAAUCAAUAAUUAUAGUCAAGGUUCUGCUCAAAAUUGGGUUUAGGAUUGAAGAUGAAGAUGUAGAUGAAUAG